AACUGUAAACGAUGAAAGAAGUUUGGGUGAACUUCCAAAAACAGCUUCUGAAGAAAAGGAAUCGUUGCUAUAUCUACUAAAUGAUAAUGACAGUGAUGCUGAUAUUGGUAUAACGUCUUCUACAUCAGGACCUAAAUUGCUGUCUCAACCGUGGAAAUGUUAUGAUAAAUCAAUAAUGCACCAGCAAAAGUUCAGAAUGAUGGAAGAAUAUGGGAAGAAAAAUCCAAGAAAAGUUAAACUUGUAAAUGGUGUAAAGGUUAUUUGUUCUGAAGAGUUUUUGCUUGGUAAAGGAAGUGAUGGAACUCGUGUUUACCUUGGACUCGGAAAAGAUGGUUACGGAAAAGCAGUAAAACGAUUGCUUCGAGAUAACUGCGCGGAGUUAGCCAAACGAGAAAAAGAAAUUUUGAAUGAGUUGAAUGCAAAGCGUUCAAAUUAUGUUGUGAAUUAUUGGUAUCUUGAAGAAGAACCAGGCACAGAUAAUUUGUAUUUGAUAUUAGAUUUGUGUGAAGAAUCGUUAAAGAGUUAUGUGAAAUCUUCUUCUUUGCAAGAUCUUCAAAAGUCGUUCCUAAAGUUCUUAUUCAGAUCUUAAAUGGUCUAGUUCACCUUCACAGCGGUGAGCGUCCUAUUCUUCAUCGGGAUUUAAGACCCUCGAACGUUCUUCGAGAUGUGGAUGGAAAGUUUUUAAUUGCUGACUUUGGUAUAAGUCAUAUGUUAUCGGAUGAAUCUUCGACACAUUGGAGCAUACAAAGAGGAGCUAAAGGUUGGAUAGCUCCAGAGUCAUAUGACGCAUCAGAUGAUACAAUUAAUAAAGUUCGUUACAAAAAAGAGUCAGACAUUAUGAAUGCCGGAAUGGUGGCUUAUUAUGUUGCAACAAAGGG